CCCACUUCGCUCGCCUUACCAAGAAAGGGGCGGGAACGUAAAAAGGUCACGGAAGAGUUGCAUGCUGGGUAAACACGUGUAGCAGGAGACCAGAGAGACCAGAGAGGUGACACUUGAAGUUUGCCACCAUGUCAUCCAAAAAGAAGCAGGAUGGCGAUGAGCGCUUCCAGCGGGUGCAGAAGGAUCCCAGAUUCUGGGAAAUGCCAGAGAGGGAACGCAAAAUCAAGAUCGACAAGCGUUUCCAGUCCAUGUUUCACGACAAGCGCUUCAAGGUGAAGUACACGGUGGACAAACGAGGCCGUCCCAUCAAUCAAACCUCCACAGAGGACCUGAAGCGCUUCUACAAAGUCUCCGACUCAGAGGACGAAGACGAUGAGGAUGUGAAGAGCAAGAAGGCGGCAGAGGGCAAGAAAAAGAAAAAAGUGAAGGAGAAGCUGGUGAAGGCUGAUGGAGAGGUGAAGAGCGGAAAAGCAGUGCAGAGCGGAGACGUUAGAGUAGAGCGGCCUGAACGAGGCGUCAGAGUUGUUGAAGAGGGUGAUGAUGAAGAUGAUGAGGCGCAGCAAACUGCCAAAAAGCAUGAUGUUGACCUGGGAGACAGUGUCACAGACGGCAGUGAGGAGGAUGGAGAUGAUGAAGAAGACGACGACGAUGAUGAUGAUGCAGAAGAGGAGAGUGAUGUGGCGAGUGGAUCAGAUGAUGAGGAGGAGUCCGGUCUGGAUUCGGAGGAGGACAGUGACAGCGAGCCGGAUCAUGCCAGAGGGAAGGGAAACAUAGAGACCAGCUCGGAUGAAGACGAUGACGACGAUGUGGACGCCAUCCUGAGGAAAGAGGAAGAGGAGAUUGAACACAACUGGGGAGAGCUGGCUAAAGACGCUCCACAAAGCGACGAGAUUUCUGCCCGACUGGCCGUCUGCAACAUGGACUGGGACCGAAUGAAAGCUAAAGACCUGCUGGCUCUGGUCAACUCCUUCUUACCUGAAGGAGGAGCCGUGCUGUCUGUCAAGAUCUACCCAUCAGAGUUUGGGAAGGAGAGGCUGAAGGGGGAGGCGACUCAGGGACCUCUGGAGCUGAAAGCUCUGCCCGACGACUCAGAGGACGACAACGAGGAGGAGAGAGGUUACAGGGAGAAGAUGCGUGACUACCAGUUCAAGCGGCUGAAGUAUUUCUACGCCGUAGUGGAGUGUGACUCGGCCGACACCGCUGCCAAAAUCUACCAGGAGUGUGACGGCUUCGAGUAUGAGAGCAGCUGCUCCGUCCUGGACCUCAGGUUUAUUCCUGAUGAAGUCAAGUUUGACGAGGAGCCCAAAGACGUGGCGACGGAUGUGAACCUCUCAGCCUACACGCCCAAACUGUUCACCUCAUCUGCCCAUGCAACAUCAAAGGUGCAGCUGACGUGGGAUGAGACGGACAACGAGCGUGUGACCGCCCUGAGCAGGAAUUUCAACAAGAGCGAGCUGCUGGCCAUGGACUUCAACGCCUACCUGGCCUCCUCCAGUGAAGAUGAGGAGGAGGGUGAAGGAGGAGGGUUUGAGUUUGGAGAGCAGGAGAGUGGAGACGAUGACAAAGCAGCAGAGGUUGUAGCUAAACGGACAGAAGAGCCCGUCGUGGAGAAGAAACCGCAGAAGGAGAAAGAGAAGAAGAUGAAAAAGAAAAGCGAGGAGCAGAUCUCCAAGUACAGAGAGCUGCUGAAAGGCAUCCAGGACAAAGAGAAGAAGCUGCAUGAGGACAAAGGCAUGGAGAUGGAGAUCACCUGGGUGCCAGGGCUGAAGGAGACGACGGAGCAGCUGGUGAAGAAGAAGAUGGAGGGGAAGGACAAGCUGACGCCCUGGGAGGAGUUCUUAGAGAAAAAGAAAGACAAGAAGAAGCAGAAGAAAUCUCAAAGAAAAGAGGGAGAGGAUGAUGAAGAACUCAGCGACGACGAGCUUCCUCCAGACAUCGACCUCAGUGACCCCUUCUUCGCAGAGGAGCUCGCCGCUACAGACAUGAAGAAGAAACAGAAGGGGAAGAAGAAGAAUAAAAAGCAGGAGGAAGAGGAGCGGACACCUGAGGAGGAAGAGGAGCUGGAGAAACAAAAGGCGGAGAUGGCUCUGCUGAUGGAGGACGACGCCGCCGGCACCAAACACAAACACUUCAACUACGACAAGAUCGUGGAGGAGCAGAACUUGAGCAAGAAGAAGAGGAAGAAGCUGCUGAAGAAGGGCGAGGAGCCGCUGGAGGGCGACGACUUCCAGGUGGACGUUAAAGACCCUCGUUUCCAGGCCAUGUUCACCUCCCACCUGUUCAACCUGGACCCGUCCAACCCCAACUACAAGAAGACUAAAGCCACGCAGAGCAUCCAGGCCGAGAAGCAGCGCAGACGAGGGGAGGAGCAGCGGCGGAUGGAGGACAAACUCAGCGCUCAGAAGGUCACGCCCACACAGGGGGAGGCCGCCGGGGAGAAACGGGAAAAUGACUCUGACGCUCCGACAGGCGAGGGCACCUCGAAGAAAUCCAUGGACCCCAGUUUGUCUCUGCUCAUCAAGUCGAUCAAAAGCAAAACGGAGCAGUUUCAGGCUCGGAAGAAACAGAAGUUGGUGUAGGUUUGACUCAACUUUUCUACAAAUGUUUUUACAAGAAAGCGGACUGAGUGAUUCCUCCUAAAACUUCCUCCUGGAUUGCCGUGUUUGUACAGAAAAAAAUACCACACGAGGAAUCGAGCACAUUUUUAGUAAAAACCGAAUCCUGCUGCAUCAGA